AUGGGUGUGAAGCUGCUUGAGUCCAGACUUCGUCUCCUGCCGCUGCUGCUGGGACUUGUCAUGGUGGUUGCCUCAUUCCAGAUUGCAUCGAAUUUAACCCCGUCCGAGAAGUUUGUAGUCCGGCAUAUAAAUAUGAGCAGCCCCCGAUGUACUAUUGCAAUGAAGGCAGUUAACAAAUUAGAAAGACAUUGCAAGGAAAAGAAUAGUUUUCUUCAUACAAGUUUUGCUGCUGUUGUUACGGUGUGUGGCCAUAGUAAUGUUAACUGCAGUGACCCGAAAUAUUCAAAUUGUCAUAAUAGUCCAGAUCCGGUGUCUUUGACUUACUGUAACCUCACAACUCCAAGAAGCCAUUAUACACGAUGCCAAUACCAAACAAUACGAACAAGGAUGUUCUACAGAGUUGCUUGUAACCGUAGUACCCCACAAGACAGUGGCUCCUAUCCAAUUGUUCCGGUUCACUUGGAUGGGAUAUUUUAG